AGUCUUGUCGGAGCUACCUGCCAAUCAUUAGCUUGGCGAGGCGAGGUGUGGUCUGUGUAAACCGCAGGCUAGAGCUGACCCUAGGCGAUUUGUGACCUUACACCUGGCAAGGGUCGACAAUUAGUCACAUACAGUGGGUUUGGGCUUCUUACUGAUGAUGAUCCAGCUCUCUGAGAACAUUUCUGAGCUCCUGUUCUACUGAGGCUAGGACUGUACCGACUCGAGGGAUAUCGGUGGUUUUGUUGCUGAGUGCUCACCCCCAAUACAUCGUCGCGCUGGCCGGGAGCAUGGAAAGGCAAGUGCUCAUAUUAACAACUGUCGUUGCUCUUGUCAUCGCGAAGACUUCGGCGUGGACGGUUGAAACCGAUCGUCGACAAAGGAGGACCUGCGAAUGUAGCCUUGUUCUUCCGUACAGUCCUUCGGAGCAUCUCAACACCCGCGCCGAGACCAAGACGUGUUCGGUGCGGUCGGACGAACUCCGAGAGCUCAGAAAGGAUGUUGGUUUGCUGCAGAAAGUACAGAUCGGAGAGAGAAUGCGGUGUAACAAUUUCGCGGGACAACUCGCUAACGUGACAACCCUCAUGUUUCAACUGGAGGACAAGGCACAUCAGCAGGAGUCGUAUCGGUCUUACUACGAUAAAAGACUUGAAGCGUUCACAGAGGAAACCGUGCAGUUGCAGCGAGUUCUUACCGGACAAGAAAACUUCAUCAAAUUUUUGGAGGGUCGUCUGGAGGCCUUGCAAGGCGGCAUGGGGAAAGUUAGCGAUCUAAGCCGUCGCGUGGAGGCCUUAGCCCGAGAGGAGACCCAAAAACGCGAGGAAACGUCACAAAAGAUGGACGAGUUCGACAGAAGAGUACAGGUCGCUGAGGAGAGCACGAAGGCUUUCCUGUGGCUCAUGACAGAGACUCUCUCGAAGAUUCCUGCAGCUGAAAGGAAGAUAAUGCAGGGGCUAAAGAAGGCGAAAACGCCCAUAGCUGGCUCAGCACCCUCGGCAGAGCGUCUGAGCCCGCGGAAACGUGGGUCAGUAGGCCGGGGACACCCGACACACGCACAGGUGGGAGAGGACUACAUACUGGACGUAAAGCCCAGAAGAUGAGCCAAAACAUACGCCCAGAACUUUGUUGACAUAUCACAGCUUAUGUUAUGGUCUGCCGUACCAUAUGGAUGACCCAAUAUAUUUGUCCUGGCCUUGUACGACAUUUUGGUAUACGUGCGGUUCCUUUGAGAUGGUAAGACAGGGUUGUAUUUUUCCCAAACAGCACUUGUAACAUCUUAUAAACAUGUGCAGGUAUCUGUAAAUAUUUACCACAACGCCUUGGACAAAAGACAUCCUAGAAAUAUACUCAAAUACUCUGGACAAGAAUGUUGAAAGGAAAACAAAUAGUUCGGUUGUAGCGUGCGUUUUGUGUGACUGGUAAGUCUUUGUCCAUAGAAAGUUGUAUCUAUUGUCCGAGGUAAAAUCUCCGUGUCUGGGUGAAGUACAGGGUGCGUGUGACGGUGGCUUUGCGGUUGAGCCGCGCGCCAAACCUGGAUGUGCCGCCGGAGAAACAGGGCGGGGAUGUCGUCUGUCUGUAAACUGUGUUAGUUUACAUACGGGUCGGCUAUUACCAGAAACGCGACGUCCCGAAAGUGUGCAGUGUUUGUUUUCCUUUGGCGUUUGUAGCUACAAAGCGAGGGCCCUUGGUGGCUCGAAACUGAUGGCUACCACUUGUUAGGAAGCAUGUUUUAUGUUAAAGCCAUUUGUAACGCGCAACCGAUUCAGUUCAUUCGUACAGAACUGUAUCCGACAAGAGACUGAGUACAAGUUAUCGGGGACAUUACAUAUAUACAGGAAAUCCUGGGGAGGGGUGGAAUAUAAUACAGUACUUGUGAAUUGGUCAACUGGAUAAUUUUCUGCUAUUAGCAAAUGCCACAAAUACCCAAUUAAGACCUGCAAGAGAUU